AGCAUCAGCAUCAGCAUCAGUCUAGGCUGAACACCCCGGUCUUCGUCUUCCUCUCUCUCUCUCCGGCGGAGCCGAAGUAACGAUACCUUGACACGACCGACCACCACCGGGGGACAUGGCGGUGACGGACUUCUUCGCCGGCGAGAUCGCGACGGAGCUCCUGAAGCAGCUCCUGCAGAUAUCCCGCAAGUCCUGCCUCUGCAAGGCCAGCGCGGACGAUCUCAUCGCCACCAUCACGGAGCGCCAGCCCAUCAUCCGCGAGAUCCAGUACUCCGGCGUCGAGCUCCCCGCCCACCGGCAAUUCCAGCUCGACCAGUUUGCGAGGACCCUCCAGGACGGCAUCGAGCUCUGCAAGAAGGUCCAGGGCUCCAACCGAUGGAACGUCUACAGGAACCUCCAGCUGGCUAGGAGGAUGGAGAAGAUGCACAAGAGGAUCAACGCUUUCUUCCAGGGCCCGAUGCAGGCCCACACCCUGGCCGACGUGCACCACAUGCGGUUCGACACGAAGGAGCAGCUGGAUCGGAUCGAGGGGUCGACGCGACGGCUGGAGCAGAGCCUGUCGGAUAUGAGGAUCGGCGGCGGCGGGUGGGUGCAGGAGGCGGUGAGGCGGAGGGAGGAGGCCGAGGCGGAGUCCGACGUCUUCGGCGGAGGCUUGCUGAGGCUUGGGCCAUCGGUGGAGGUGGGGAGAAGGAAGGUGAGGGAGAUGAUUGUGAAGAGCGAGGAUAUGGGGGUGAUUGGGAUAUCUGGGAUUGGUGGGUCUGGGAAGACCACUUUGGCUAAGGAAGUUUCUAAGGAUGAUAAAAUCAGAGAUUGUUUCAACAACAGGGUCCUGUUCCUAACAGUAUCUCAGUCCCCUAAUGUAGAUUUAUUGAAGGCACAGAUUAAGGGAUAUAUAAUGGGGAAUGAAGGGGUCAGUCCAUUCGAUCGGGUUCCUCAGUGGAACCUGCAGUAUGAUUUGGGGGCCCCAGGACGAAGGACCCUGAUUGUGCUGGAUGAUGUGUGGUCGUUCUUGGAUCUUGAGCCGUUGGUUGCCAUUUCCAGGACACCUGGUUGCAAGACCCUCGUGGUCUCGAGAUUCAAAUUCCCGGAAGUAAUUAAAGAUAGUUAUGAAGUAGAAUUGCUGAGGGAACAAGAAGCCAUGACCCUGUUCUGCUACUCGGCUUUUGGUCAAAAGUCCAUCCCUCCUGGUGCUGAUAAAGAUUUGGUCAAGCAGGUUGUCAACGAGUGUAAAGGGCUUCCUUUAGCUCUCAAAGUGAUUGGAGCUUCACUGAGGGACCAAUUACCGAUGUUCUGGAAGAGUGCCAAAAAUAGAUUGGCAAGAGGAGAGCAGAUAUGCGACUCUCAUGGAAGCAAACUGCUGGAUAGAAUGGCGAUCAGUGUGGAGUACUUGAAGAAAAAGGUCAGGGAAUGCUUCUUGGAUUUGGGAUCGUUCCCAGAGGACACAAAGAUUCCUCUGGAUGUUCUUAUCAAAAUGUGGGUCGAAAUACACGAUAUUGAUGACGAAGAAGCUUUUGCAAUCCUUGUUGAGCUCUCCAACAAAAAUCUAAUUACUAUGGUUAAAGAUGACCGUGAGAUCUGUGGCAGAGCUGGAGAAAUAUACAGCAGUUAUUUCGAGGUGUCGGUGACCCAACAUGAUGUGCUGAGGGACCUCGCCCUUUAUCUCAACAACCAGGAGGAAGUCAACAAGUGCAGGCGACUGCUUAUGCCUAGAAGAGAAAAUGAGCUUCCUAGAGAGUGGGAGAGGAAUUCAGACAGACCGUUUGAUGCCCAAAUUGUUUCAGUUCACACAGGUGCAAUGAAUGAAAUGGACUGGCCAAGACUGGAAUUCCCCAAGGCUGAAGUGCUCAUCCUCAACUUCUCCUCUGACAGUUACUUCUUACCCCCUUUUAUUGAGUACAUGCCGAAGCUCCGUGCUUUGGUUGUCAUAAAUCACAGCACUUCCAACGCUGUCCUCAGAAACUUUUCGGUUUUCUCUAGUUUGACCAAGUUGCGAAGCCUCUGGCUUGAAAGGGUUUGUGUCCCCCAUUUAUCUGAAACCACAAUACCCCUCAAUGAAAUGAGCAAGAUAUCUCUAGUCCUGUGCAAGAUCAAUGACAGCCUGGAUCCAUCAACCGUCGAUCUCCCCAAGAUUUUUCCAUGCCUAUCGGAGCUCACUAUUGACCACUGCGACGACUUAUUGGAGCUUCCUUCGAGCAUUUGCAGGGCCCGAUCCCUCAAGAGCCUGAGCAUCACAAACUGCCACAGCCUUCAAAGGCUACCAACUGAUUUGCACGAACUGUCGUCUCUAGAGAUUUUGAGGAUGUAUGCUUGCCCGAAUCUUAGGAUACUUCCUCAGGGAAUCUGUCAACUUGGUUGCUUGAAGUAUCUUGACAUAUCUCAAUGUGUUAAUUUGAUGCGCCUUCCUGAAGAAAUUGGAAACCUGGGGACACUUGAGAAGAUCGAUAUGAGGGAAUGCGCACAGAUAAGGCGGGUGCCGAUGUCUGCCUCAUUGAUGAGGGCUCUUAAAACUGUGGUCUGCGAUGAGGAGGUGUCUUCGGGGUGGCAAGAGGUGAAGCCUAGGGAGGAUGUUCAAGUUCAUGUCGUGGACAAGUGCUUCUCUCUGGACUGGCUGGACGAUUGACCGUGUUUCUUAUGAAAGCUUGCCGCAUCACUCACCAUUCACCAUUAAGCACAAGUUCUAGUCAAGCUGUUCCAGCAUCUGUAACAUUUGUCUCCUUUGCAUGUUAAUUUGGUUCCCGGUGUCUGAAAAACUUCAAGAAAUCUCGUGUUCUGUUCAAUGUUAUGUUGCUCUGUAUGUUUUGUCUGUUGGACACUGAUAAGUUCACUGAAGUCCAUCUAGCGUUUUUUCGUUUCUGGCCCCGUUUCCCCAUCUGGAGUUUCAUUAAACUGACCGGAUUAUUAUGUGAGCAA